AUGAAUCUCAAAGAAGAAAUUGUUAAAGUUUUAAAUAAUAGACCAAUUAAUAAUCUUUUUCCUUAUAUUACAUUGGAUUUUAAUGAUUUUGAAAAUCUUGAUUGCAAUGAUUUUUUACUUUUGUGUAUUUCCAUCGUUAAUGCAAAAUUUUAUGAACAAAAUAAUAAAAAGGAAGAAAGUAUAGCUGAAUACACAAAUUUUAUUUUUUACAUAGAUGAUAUUUUCUGUUUAGAUAAUGAAUCUAAAAAUAACAAAAAAAUUGCACGACUUUCUAAAAUUUACUCUAAUGUGAAAUGUAAUAAAAAUAUUAGUAGAACAGAUAAAAUUUAUAUGUAUAACAUAAAAAAAAGUUUUAAGUUUCAUUUUAUUGAUUGGGAAGAUCAAGAGUGGUUACUAUCGCUAUUAGAAUAUUUUUAUAUUUUAAGUAUAGAAAAUAUAUAUUUUCUACAGCUUGAAUUAUCAUUUCAAGAGAUUAAAAAAGAACAUUCUCCUGUACAAGCCAAAAUAGUUAAACGAAAUGAUUUACUUACUAAUAGAAUAAAACCUAAAUACGCAUUGGAAGAAUUUGGUGAAAAAUUAUCAAAAAAAAUAGAAGAAAGAAUGAAAAUAAAGGCACCAGUUGCUAAUGAAACAAAAGACGAAGAAGUAGAUAUUUCUGUUUUAAGAAAAAAUGACGAGCUUAAAGAUCAAAAGCACAAUACAAGAGGAAAUACUGACAAUGUAAGCUAA